AUGUCUGGUGAAGUUUUUAGCACAACUUUGGCAUAUACAAAGAGUCCAAAAGUCACCAAAAGGACUACUUUCCAGGAUGAGCUAAUAAAAGCAAUUACAGCUCGCUCAGCCAGACAAAGGAGCUCUGAAUACUCAGAUGACUUUGAUAGUGAUGAGAUUGUUUCCUCAGGUGAUUAUUCUGACACCUCCAUAGAUGAAAAUUCACUGAAGAAAACAAUGAAUGAUUUCCAGAUAUCAGAUGAUGAAGAAAAUAAUUUUCCUAAACUGUCCUUUUUGAAAACUAAGAAAUCAAAUAGUGACCCAAUGACAGAGGAGCCAAGCCUCUCUAAUAAAAGAGACGAGGAAAUGGCGCCUGGGACUUGUGAAGACAGGGUUGCAAAUCUCUUAUCUGAGUCUCAAAAUGAAGACCAGGAAACUGAAAAAGAGAAACUUCAAAUGAAACCUAAACCCAGAAUUCUUUCACUCAAAAACACAUCUUCAGAAAACAGCAGCAGCCUUAAAGCAGAAAACCACUUCACACCUUCACCUCGGCCGAGGAGCAUGUUGAAAAAGCACAGGCUCCAGGAAGAAAAAGAUGGACGAGGAGAAGAGAAAGAAGCUGCCCUCCGGGAAGAACUAGAGGCACAUCCUGCACCUCCGUCCCUCCCAGAGCCGAAUGACAGCCAGCCAGAAGCUGAGGAAAAAACAUUCUCUGAAGACCUUGAUCCUGAGCAGGAUCCAUGGUUAACAAGUUUAUCAUCAUCAUCCCUUAAAGAAAGUUUUGGAGAUUUCCUUUCACCAGUAUCUGGGGAAAAAACAUCUAUAAAAGAUCAGAAUGAAGAAUUCACCGAAAAUCAUCAUUCCUUGAAAUCAGACAAAAAUGAAGAUAAUUCACUGUUGAUAGACUUUGUUACUUCUGCACUUGAGAAAUCCAAGGAAGGGCAAGUGACUUCUGAUGACCUUGAAGAAAACAAGGAGAAAGCUAAGUUGGUAAUGAGUGAGGACUUAACAGUUGACCCACCACUAUCUCAGCAGAAUUUAAGAUCUACCAGUGCAAUUGAAUCUGCAAAGAAAACACCUGAAGAUGGAAGUAAGAAGAGUAAACAGUCAGCAAAUAAUAGAGCAUCCAGUGCCUCUGGCAGAUUAAUGACCUCUGAAUUUUUAAAGAAUUCUAGUUCUAUAAGAAGAACUCCAUUGAAAACUACCUCUUCUCACUACUUAGGGACUUUGAAAGUCUUAGAUCAAAAGUCCUCACACAAACAGAACAAAGAACCUGACAAAGCAGAUAACAUAAGAGCAGCUGUUUAUCAGGAAUGGUUAGAGAAGAAAAAUUUAAAAAUACAUGAAAAGCACAGAAUUAAACGGAUUGAAAGUGAAAAUUCAAAGAUCGAAAAUGAGCAGAAAAGAGCUGCUAAGAGAGAAGAAGCCUUAGCAUCAUUUGAGGCCUGGAAGGCUAUGAAGGAAAAGGAAGCUAAGAAAAUAGCUGCAAGAAAAAGGCUUGAGGACAAAAACAAGAAAAAAACUGAAGAAGAAAGUGCUGCGAGAAAAGAAGAAGCACAACAUGCUUUUGAAAGAUGGAAGGAAAAAAAGAUAGAAUAUCUUAAAGAGAAAAAUAAAAAGGAAAAAGAAUAUGAAAGAGCAAAGAAACAGAAGGAGGAGGAAACUAUUGCUGAGAAAAAGAAAGACAACCAAACUGCCGUGGAAAAAUGGAAUGAAAAAAAGGAAGCUUUUUUCAAAGAAAAGGGAAAAGAGAAAAUCAGUGAGAAAAAGAAAGAAGAACUGAAAAGAGCUGAGAAAAGAGAUAAAGAUAAACAAGCUAUUGAUGAAUAUGAAAAAUGGCUGGAAAAGAAAGAAAGGCAGGAAAGAAUGGAACGAAAAGUAAAGAAACGUCACUCCUUUCUUGAAAAUGAGGCACUUCCUCCAUGGAGUCCUCCAAGCAGAACUGUGUUCUCAAAAGUGAUUUGA